GCUCGGGCUGCUCACGGCUCCCUCCCUUCUUCCCAUCUGCGUCCUCUCUCGCGGCUCCCGCGUUGCAUCAUCUCCAGCCUGUGGCCGCUGUGGGAAGGCUGGGCGCGGCGCGAUCCACUCAGGCCGUGGCUCCAGCCUGCUCUCCCGCGUCUCUCCUGGCCCUUUCCCACCUGCUUCUGCACCCACGCCGGGAGCUCCCCGCCCGCCGGCUCCCAGAACCCGCGGAGCGCAACCGGCGGACGUCGCCAGCUCUGCCUGAUCCGUUCAUUGAGAGCCCGGCUUAUCCCAGAGCCAAGUCUCCCGCCUCCUCCAGCUCGGCGCCGCGAGCAGCGCCAUGGAGAAGAGUAGCGAAACCAACGGCUACCUGGACGGCGCCCAGCCGGGGCCUGCAGCAGGGCCUGGCGCGCCCGGGUCCGCGGUGGGACACGCGCGGCGCUGCGCGGGCUUCCUACGGCGGCACGCGCUGGUGCUGUUCACCGUGUCCGGAGUGGUGGCGGGCGCCGGCCUGGGCGCGGCGCUGCGCGGGCUUGGCCUCACCCGCACGCAGGUCGCCUACCUGUCCUUCCCCGGCGAGAUGCUGCUCCGCAUGCUGCGCAUGAUCAUCCUGCCGCUGGUAGUCUGCAGCCUGGUGUCGGGCGCCGCCUCCCUCGACGCCAGUUCUCUCGGGCGCCUGGGCGGCAUCGCCAUCGCCUACUUCGGCCUCACCACGCUUGGCGCCUCGGCGCUCGCUGUCGCUUUGGCGUUCAUCAUCAAGCCUGGGUCUGGCGCGCAGACCCUCCAGUCCAGUGACCUGGGGCUGGAGGAGUCGGGGUCCCCUCCGGUCCCCAAAGAGACAGUGGACUCUUUCCUCGACCUGGCCAGAAACCUGUUUCCCUCAAAUCUUGUGGUUGCCGCUUUCCGUACGUAUGCAACUGAUUAUAGAGAGGUGACCCACAACACGAGCUCUGGAAAUGUAACCCAUGAGAAGAUUCCCAUUGGCACCGAGAUCGAAGGGAUGAACAUUUUAGGAUUGGUCCUCUUUGCCCUAGUGUUAGGAGUGGCCCUAAAGAAACUCGGCUCUGAAGGAGAAGAACUCAUCCGUUUCUUUAAUGCCUUCAAUGAGGCAACAAUGGUGCUGGUGUCGUGGAUUAUGUGGUACGUACCCGUGGGCAUCAUGUUCCUGGUUGGAAGCAAGAUUUUGGAAAUGAAGGACAUCAUCGUGCUGGUGACCAGCCUUGGAAAAUAUAUCUUCACAUCUAUAUUGGGCCAUUUUAUUCAUGGAGGAAUUGUCCUGCCACUUAUUUAUUUUGUUUUCACACGAAAAAACCCAUUCAGCUUCCUCCUGGGCCUCGUCACACCAUUUGCAACAGCGUUUGCCACCUGCUCUAGCUCAGCAACCCUUCCCUCCAUGAUGAAGUGCAUUGAGGAGAACAACGGUGUGGACAAGAGGGUCAGCAGGUUCAUCCUCCCCAUUGGGGCCACUGUGAACAUGGACGGGGCAGCCAUCUUCCAGUGUGUGGCCGCGGUGUUCAUUGCCCAGCUCAACAACAUCGAGCUCAAAGCAGGACAGAUUUUCACGAUUCUAGUGACAGCCACAGCAUCCAGUGUCGGCGCGGCCGGCGUGCCAGCUGGAGGGGUCCUCACCAUCGCCAUUAUCCUGGAGGCCAUCGGGCUGCCCACUCAUGACCUUUCUCUGAUCCUGGCUGUGGACUGGAUUGUGGACCGCACCACCACGGUGGUCAACGUGGAAGGGGACGCGCUGGGUGCGGGCAUCCUCCACCACCUCAACCAGAAGACCAUGAAGAAAGGGGAGCAGGAGCUGAGCGAAGUGAAGGUGGAGGCCGUCCCCAACUGCAAAUCGGAGGAGGAGACGUCGCCCCUGGUGACGCACCAGAACCCCGCUGGCCCCGCAGUCAGCGCCCCCGAACUGGAAUCCAAGGAGUCGGUUCUGUGAGGGGGCUGGCUCCGGGCUGGCCCCCCCGGGCGGUAGCGCCCCGCCGUGGGAGGGCGGCUAGCCGGCGUGGGCACCGUGCUCACCGACUCUUAGCCCUAAGCGAUGCUUUGGCCCAGUCACCGGUUCGAGGAUUGCAUCUCCGUGCAGGCAUUGGGCUUCCCAGCAGGAACUGGUUCCCGGAGACCAGGACGCUCUGCCAUAUGGCUUGAUCCAUGCCCAGGUGCAACUGCGUGUGCUUCGGAAGCCCGUCCUGGAGCUGCAGGCUGGGGGCGGUGUGGGCUCCCAGGGACCGGGUGGGUUAGCGCUUGGAACAACGCACAUGUGCCCUUCACUGCGCGCGGGGGCUUUCUGGGCAGACAUAGGGGGCUUACAGUCCUCUGUCACGCUGCCUCGUGAGCCAGAGUAAUUGGAAAAAUUCCCAAAUUCUUACCCUUGGCUGGAAUUCACUGAGCUGCGACCCGAGGUGUUGAGAUUUCGAACUUGGAGGUGUGGCUGGUUCUGAUUCACCAGUUGCUGGUAGGCUUGGAGGCGCUGCACGUGGUCCAGUUAGAAAUACUCCAGAUGGCCUUAGCACUGUGGGGGUCUCUGGUCAAUGGCAUGAAAUAAACAGUUUAAAUGCUGAGGUCAGAGAAAGGGGGGAGGGGUGUAGCCGGCAAGGGUAAGGGAAGCACCCUGUCAGGACAGACACACACGCAGAGGUACACACAGUCGUCCUCAGUCUCGUCCCAGCCCCACGGAAGUUUUCUGCUUCCAGGACCUGGCCUCUGACAACACUGUAGCUUUAUCCCCAUCCACUCUGAUCUGAUCUGGCAACAGGCCCGAGAGGGGCCUCUUCCUCCAUGAUCAUCACUUUCAGGACCUGCUGGUUUAUCAAUCCAUUCUUAGAAUUCACCUAGCCCCCUAAAAUGCUGCACUGUGCAAAACAAAAACAAAAAUGAAAACACAUAAAGCCACUCACUAAUUGGGGUGGGGUGGGCUGCCCCCAUUCCCAAGUCCCCAGGUCCCCUGGCUUUGGCUGAUUGCUGUGGGCUCGGUUUCUUUUCCUGCCAGUAGAUCAAGAGUUUAAAACUGUAAGCCAAAUGUCCCCGUUCCUGCAGAUACCUGCUGACUUGGUCUGAAUCUAGGUGAGGGGGCAUUUUCAAGAAGACCGGUGUUGCCAGGACAGGAAGACCAAAAGGCACAAGAAUGCUCUUUCACUGUGGCUGUUACUGUCUCCAUGGUGUGACCUGCAGCGAGUCCUGGGCCUCACUUUACCCCAUUUGUAGAAUGGGCUGUUGUCACCUGCCUCUUACCUACCUCAGAGGGAUUUGGUGAGGCAAACUGAGUGAAUCCAUGAAAACACCCCUUUCACUUCUUGGAUAUCAAGUGCUAACACCCCUUUGCUAUUCUUAUGUUUUACCCAAAUGAUACCUUUCUUCACGGAGGCCUCAUGCUCCCGGUAAAGACAGCUUCUCUGAGCAGAACUUGGUUCUCUGGGUGCGUUACCAACUCGGUCUUGCCACUUGUUCUCUUUGUAGGUGUUUGCUAGCUUCAAGUGCGACCUCUUCCUGAUGUUGGUCAGGUGUUCCUGAAUGACCACCCCAUCUUGCAGCACAUUCCGGGUCCCUGGCUUCCCUGUGACUCCCAGACCCCAGGCACCGGCUCAGCCACCCCACAAUGGGCCAUUAACAGCUCCUGGUGUUUGGCCUCGUGUGUUUUCUCGUUUUCCCUGUUGCUGUGGCAUGGCUGUCCCCCAUACCCUGCAGAGGGGGAAGACGCCCUGGAGAUGUGUGUCCGUGCUGUUGAGAAUGGGCAGGCGGGGACAGAGGCAGUCAAGCUCCUCCGUUUUAAAAUUGGGGGUGUGUGCCUGAGUGGAAGGAGUGGGGAAGAGCCAUGGGCACAGAGCUGGCCCGGCCAGUGGGAAGGCCCCUCUUUAAACCAGCCAAGCCGCUCCCAUCCCCUGUGAGGCCAAGAGGGACCAGGAACUGAGCUGAGAGCUGCCUGGAAACCUUGACCCUCUGGCUCCUCGCUGAUCCCCUUCUAUUUUGAAAGGGGAAACAAUCACAUUGUUUGAUCCCAAAUUGCAAAUGAACAUUCACUACUUUUCCGCCUUCGCCUUUGGUAGAUCUUAUCCUUCCUUCUUCCACACACACAUAUAUAGAUAUGGUUCUAUAUGCACACAAAUGCGUGUAUGCAUGUGUGUAUCCACAUUGUUUUAGCUCCAAUCCAAGCAAGUUUGAAUUUGGAUAGAGGUGAACUAACCACAGUUUGUGGCUUCUGCAAAUUGAUUUUCCUGUGUCUAAAAGUAAAGUCCACGAAACGUAAAAAUUAGAGCUGCCCAUCCAGUGAGCGUGCCUCCUCUGUCCUGAAGCCGGCAAGGCGGUAGGCAGAGUGCCGGGGCCUGGGGCAGGUGCUUCUGUAAGGAAUCCGCCACGAUGGCUCCCCUUGCCCUGGGAGGAAGAAGGUGCCCUGUGCCUCCCUGGUUUUCAGUCUGUAGGAGCAAUCAGACCAGGAGGGACCCGGCUGGGGAAUAUCCCACUUUCUCACUGUCUGAAGCUGUCUUCCCCGCUCUUCUAACGUGUUGUCAUAAAUACUGUUCCAAUACUGUUCAUCUCUUUUUUGUGUGCGUGACAUUUGCCUUAAAACAUAGCAGUCCUCAAAAUGAAUACAAUAUUUCUACUAGGA